AUGUCUCUUUCAUUCUGUUCAUUAUUUAUCUAUCUAUCUCAUUCUGUUCAAUUUCUAUUUCAUUAUGUUCAUUAUCUAUCUCAUUCUAUUUCUUAUCUAUCUAUCUAUCUAUCUAUCUCAUUCUCUUCAUUAUUUAUCCCUAUCUCUUUAUGUUCAUUAUCUCAUUCUAUUCAUUAUUUAUCUAUCUAUCUAUCUCAUUCUAUUCAUUAUUUAUUUAUUUAUCUAUCUAUCUAUCUAUCUAUCUAUCUAUCUAUCUAUCUCAUUCUGUUCAUUACUUAUUUAUUUAUCUAUCUAUCUAUCUUUCUAUCUCAUUCUAUUCAUUAUUUAUCUAUCGCAUUCUGUUCAUUAUUUAUUUAUCUAUCUAUCUUUCUAUCUCAUUCUCCUACUUUCUCUUCUCUCUUUCUUCCUCUCUCUUCUCUCUUUCUUCCUCUCUCUUCUCUCUUUCUUCCUCUCUCUCUUCUCUGCUUUUUUUUUAAUAGUUCAGAUGUAGUUCUUCUUUCUCUUUCGCUAAAACUCAGAAAGAGAAACAAAUAA